UGUCCGUGUUUGCAGGACGCGGCGGCGUUCUGACUUUUGCCGCGCGGGCGAUGUGCGCGGGGAAUGUGCGCAAAGAGGAGCGCGUGCGGCAGCUGCAGGUUGCCGCUGAAAGUUGCGGAGAUGUCCUGCAAGUGCGCGUGAGGGCGCGCGCAGAGGUUCCCGCCAUGAGCGUCGCACCACUCGGGGCCACCGGAAGCCCGCAGGCGGCAGUGGCCGCAGCUCGUUGAUGGCACUGCGCACCGGGAGGACUUGGUUCGGACGGGUCUUGCACAGAGUGUCGCGGCUGCAGGGCUCCUGGUCCCGGCGCUCCAGCAGCCUCUUGUGUCUCUCCGUCAGCCAGCAGCAGCAGCACGAUCCGCCGCGCCGUCAUCGGAGCGCGUCCGCGUCCGCCUCCAGGCGCAGUGCACUCGGCUUCCCUCGCCGCGCACGUCGCACCAUCCCGGGGAGGAGCGCGGCGGGACAUGAGCCCCUCACUCGCCGGCUCCUGGUGGCCAUGAAGCGGCAAAACGUGCGGACUUUAUCCCUGAUCGUGUGCACGUUCACCUACCUGCUGGUGGGGGCCGCCGUCUUCGACGCCCUGGAGUCCGACUUCGAGAUGCGGGAGAAGGAGCAGCUGGAAGCCGAGGAGCGGCGCCUGCAGGGGAAGUACAACAUCAGCGAGGACGACUACCGCAAGCUGGAGAACAUCAUCAUGGAGGCUGAGCCGCACAGAGCCGGCGUGCAGUGGAAGUUCGCCGGCUCCUUUUACUUUGCCAUCACGGUCAUCACCACCAUCGGCUACGGCCACGCGGCGCCAGGCACGGACGCGGGCAAGGCCUUCUGCAUGUUCUACGCCGUGCUGGGCAUCCCCCUGACCCUGGUCAUGUUCCAGAGCCUGGGCGAGCGCAUGAACACCUUCGUCAAGUCCCUGCUGAAGCGCAUCAAGAAGUGCUGCGGCAUGAGCGCCACCGACGUCUCCAUGGAGAACAUGGUGACCGUGGGCUUCUUCUCCUGCGUGGGCACGCUGUGCAUCGGCGCCGCCGCCUUCUCGCACUACGAGGACUGGAGCUUCUUCCAGUCGUACUACUACUGCUUCAUCACGCUGACCACCAUCGGCUUCGGGGACUUUGUGGCGCUGCAGAAGAACAGGGCGCUCCAGAAGAAGCCGCUCUACGUGGCCUUCAGCUUCAUGUACAUCCUGGUGGGCCUCACCGUCAUCGGCGCCUUCCUCAACCUGGUGGUGCUGCGCUUCUUGACCAUGAACAGCGAGGACGAGCGGCGCGACGCCGAGGAGCGAGCCUCGCUGGCCGGGAACCGGAGCAGCACGAUGGUCCGCGUCCAGGACGAGUCCCUGCAGCGAGGGCGGCGGCGGCGCCAGCCUCGCCGCCAGGAGACCAGCGACCUGCACUCGGUGUGCUCCUGCAUGUGCUACAACUCGCACGACUUCUCCCACCGGAACUCGCUGUGCCCCGGUCACUACUUCCACGCCAUCUCCUACAAGAUGGAGGAGAUCUCGCCCAGCACGCUGAAGAACAGCUUCUUCCCCUCGCCCGUCAGCUCGCUGUCGCCGGGCCUCCGCAGCUUGACGGACGACCGGCAGCUGAUGAGGAGGAGGAAGUCCAUCUAGGACAUCAGAAGAUGCUGCUUUGCCAAAUCUCAUUCCAGCACUUUCCCUUUUUUCUCCGCUUCUGCUCCUCAUGGAGAACAUUCCAGCAGGAAGCCAAGCAUGAAGCAUGGAUGUCUAUUUUUCCAAGGGAUUAGCAGAAACUUUGGUCCACACGCGGGAGAAGAUAUUUUUCAUAACUUGAAGAACAGGAGGAUGUUUUCUACAAGCCAUCACCAUCACCAUCACCAUCAUCAUCAUCAUCAUCAUCACGCCAAAACAAAAUGUCUUCUUGUGUCUGCAGUCUGAAAGGAUCAUGCUGCUCCUACUCAGUUCUUCUCCUGGCAAAGCUUCAAUUGCACAACAAUCCAUGUUUCCCCCAACAUCAACCUACUCAGUGGCCUAGUGGUUAGAGUGCCCGCCCUGAGGUGGGUAGGUCGUGAGUUCGAACCCCGGCCGAGUCAUACCAAAGACUAUAAAAAUGGGAGCCAUUACCUCCCUGCUUGGCACUCAGCAUCAAGGCUUGGAAUUGGGGGUUAAAUCGCCAAAAGCUGCUGCUCACUGCUCCCCUCACCUCCCAGGGGCUGAUCAAGGGUGAUGGGUCAAAUGCAGAGAAUAAUUUGGCCACACGUAGUGUGUGUGUGACAAUCAUUGGUACUUUCCCUUGAACAUUACCAGCAAACAUGUGAAUCUGUUCAUCAAGUCCAGCUUGCGUUAUUUCCUCCCUUCUCAGUUAACAUCAAAUGGCCUUACAAAUAUUUCCAAUUUCUAUCCAUAUUUUAUUUUUCAAUACUCAAACACUAUCCAUAUUCUGACAUAUUUUCAAUAAUUUUGUUUAAAAAAGAUUUCGACAAUCGAUAUUUGAAUGUAUUUGUUCAAAAAACCUUUAAAAAUUAAAAUCUAACCGUUUUUCAACCUUUUUUUUUUUUUUUUACAAAUUCAACUCUACGCAUAUUUUUAUUUUUAUAAUUCCAAUUGUAUACAUAUUUUAAUGUGUUUUUAUUUAAAAAGUCAA